AUGAUAAAGGUUCAUCCCAUGCUGAGCCUGCCCCUGUUUGAACAAGAAGUUGAAGACAACCAAGGGAUGAUCAUCAGCGGCAUCUCCCGCCUCUGCUUCUCUGCCCUGGAGCCCUUUGGGGAGCUGCAGAGGGAGGUGGAGAUUCACCGCACCUUCGUCUCCCAGUCCAUCCAUCUCUUCAUCCUCUACUUCUUCAACAUGGCUGUGCUGGUCACCUACCUGCCACAGGAGCUCCUCAAGCUCAUCCCUCUGCUCACGGGGCUUUUUGCCAUCUCCCGGCUGAUCUUCUGGCUGUCCUACGCCAUGGGACGCGCCUUCCGCGCCUUCGGCUUCAGCAUGACCUUCCUGCCCCUCCUGGCCAUGCUGCUCUGGAACCUCUACAGCAUGUUCAUCCUGGAGCCCGAGCACCUCCUUGCUGUGGCAACACCAAAGCCCCAGGAGGGCCCCAAGGAGAGAGGAGCCAAACUGCGGUUCUGGGGCUGA